AUGGGGCAAGCAGCUCCUUGGAACCCAGACGCCCACAAAGGGGAAGCCAGGACGGAGGAGCGCCCACAGCUGCUAUUCUCAGCUGCUGAGGCCCAGGCGCAGUCGCACAUCCACAUGGCACAGAUCAGCCAAAUUGCUCCAGAAAUGCAGCUUGUGGAGACGGCCACAGGGAUGCUGCACGGCGCAGCCGAGGCCAGCGUUGUUCCCUCAUGGCAGCAGCAGCACUCAAUGCCUGCAGAGUCCAACAGGCGCCAGAAGCGGCGUUUCAGGUCUGGUCUCAGCAGGAUGCUGGCAGGCGGCUCAGCACCCGGGGAUGACUUUUCAGAAGAGGAGUAUGAGGAGCCUGACCCUGAGGACUGGCCGCCAGGGAAGGCACAACCCCGACACAGGAGCACGUUCCUGGACAGAGCAGCCCUGAUGACACACCUGGACUCACAUGCAACGCCUCUUCACAGAGCUGAUACUCGGCCUUUGUUGGGAGAGGGCCGCAGCGGUGCGAAGGAGGCCACCCCUAGAUGGGCCACUGACUGUGAUGCUCCAGGAGCCUCUGGCCUGCAGGGAGGGGCCCACAGAGAAGGCCCAGCACACAGCCGGCCAUCCCAGAGCCGCCCCAGGAACAGGAAUGCUGCUCGGCAGCAGCCACACCCUAUGGACCUGAAGGAAGAGUGGGCGGCCUUUGAGGGUGGAGAUGGGAAGCUGCCCCCUGGGCGAAUCCAUGUGCUGGUGGCCAAAGCGCUGACCAAGAGUGACACCGCUGGCAGGGUCAUCCUGCCACGCGUGUCAGUAGAGUCCAACCUGAGCUUCCUCAUGGGCUACAGGUCCUACAGCCUGCCGGUCAAGGACAGGGCGGGAAGGGCGUGGGAGUUUGUGAUCAAGUCGUGGGCGAACGGCACGGAGCACCGGCGGGUGUAUGUGCUGGAGCAGGUCUCGGAGUACAUCAAGGUCAACCGCCUGCGCGAGGGCGACACCAUCGGCAUCUGCGCUGACGAGGACGGCGUCGUCACCAUAGAGGCCAACACAGCGGCGGUGCGAGCGACAGUGCUGCGGCCGGUGUACGGGGCGCUGCGCGUGCCGCCGCAGCUGCCGCCGCCGGACCAGUCCAAGGCGGCGCCGCUCAUCUUCGGCACACUCGGCCGCUGCACGCGCAACCCCUCCUGCACCAAGCCCUCCAGUCACCCCGGGUUUUGUUCCGGCCCUCGCGCCCCCGGCACCGACCCAGGUGGCCGCCCGCGCCGCGACGCGCCCGGCCGAGCCAGCAGCCCCGUCUCUGGCGGCGCGCCCUCCAGCAGCGGCGGCACCGGCUCCGGCCGGCCCUCCCGAUCCAGCGGCCCACGCAGGGCGGGGUCAGGGGCGGGCCGCUGGCUGGACGACAACUGCAGCAGCGGCGGCGAGGCGGCCGGUGAGGAUGUGACGGCGGCGCGGCUGCUGACGGCCGAGGAGCUGGCGCCCGGCAUGCGCAUCUCCAAGGCGCUCACCAAGCAGGACCUGCACACCGGCCAGGCACGCAGUCCCUUUGCAUGCAGCCAGAACGUGCUGCUGCUGGCGGAGCAGGUGGAGGCGGCUCUGCCGGCGGAGUGCGCAGGGGCCGGCCUGGUGCGGCUGCACGCGCGCGACCGCCACGGCCGCACCUGGGAGCUGCUGUUGCGCGCGUGGAAAGAUCCUGCCGGCUCAGCAGGCGGCCGCGCGCGCAUGCUGAUGCUGGAGCAGGCGGCCGGCUUCCUCAAGGACCGCGGCGCCAAGCCCGGCGACCACCUCAUGCUGCACCGGCCGCCAGACGGGCCCCUCAGCAUGGAGGCGAGUGCAAGCAUCUUAUAUUCGCCAGGGGGCUAG